UAAAAAAAAAGUUUUUUGAUUUUUUUUUUUUUAACUUCCCAGACAGGUACGAUCCUAGACUGUUUUGUUUACUGAACGAUCUCUUAAUGACAUUUUGUCGUGUUUUUUUUUUUUUUUGUUUUUUUUUGUAAUGUUUAUUUUGUUGUCGUUGUGAAAGCUUGAAAUUUGUUAGACCGCAAUGUCCUUUUUCGAGAAGAUCCGGCGAGGUAGCAAAGAUUUGCGGCCGUCAUGGCUGGCUCGUCACGACCUGGCUUGAAGAAAGCGCUCGUGCGCGAUUAAGAAGGUUGCUGUCAAACAACUUUUCGUUCUGGACAAGCGCACGCCGCCGAUGGACCAGGACACGCAAUGGCUGUAUCAACUCCUGGCCGAGGUCCAGCUGGAGAAGUUCUACCUGCGCGUCCGCGACGGCCUCAACAUCACGCGCGCGGAACACUUCGCCUACGUCAAGGAAGCCGACCUGGAGCAGAUCGGUAUCAGCAAACCCGCGCAAAGAAGAUUAUGGGAUGCACUAAAACGCCACAAAACGUCCCGAAGUUGGCGCUCGUGGGUGCCCAAGGGGCCGACCGGUCGCGGUCCCGGUCCAGACGGGGGAGACGUGGGGGAGCCCGGGCCGGAAGCCGGAAGCCGGGCCCUGCCCAGCCUCAUCCAGGACAGCGAGCUGGUUCUGGGGGAGAAGUUGGGCUCGGGUUCCUUCGGGGUGGUGAAGAAGGGAGAGUGGCACACGCCCUCCGGAAGAGUUCUACCCGUGGCUGUCAAAUCGCUCCGUAGCAGCAUGUCCCGGCAGGCGGAAACAUUAACGGACUUUUUGCAAGAAGUGACCACCAUGCAGUCGCUGGACCACCCGCACAUCAUCCGCCUUUACGGCGUGGUCCUCAUCCAGCCCCUCAAAAUGGUGACCGAGCUGGCCCAGCUGGGCUCGCUGUACGACACACUGCGCUCGCGGCAGUUCGAGUACCCGCUGGCGCGUCUGUGGCUCUUCGCCGGGCAGAUCGCGGCGGGCAUGGACUACCUGGAGUCGCGUCGCUUCAUCCACCGGGACCUGGCGGCCAGGAACGUCCUGCUGGCGUCCAGGGAGAUGGUGAAGAUCGGCGACUUUGGACUCAUGAGGGGCCUGAGCCACGAGGCCGACCACUACGUCAUGUCGGCGCACAGGCGGAUCCCCUUCGCCUGGUGCGCUCCAGAGAGUCUCCGCGUGGGUUCCUUCUCGCAUUCGUCUGACGUGUGGAUGUUCGGCGUCACCUUGUGGGAAAUGUUCACGUACUGCGAAGAGCCGUGGUUCGGUCUAUCGGGGAGACAGAUCCUGUGGCGCGUGGAGCGGGAGGGCGAGCGCUUGGAGAGGCCGCCCGACUCGCCCCAAGCGCUUUACGCCGUGAUGAGGAAGUGCUGGGCGUGCAACCCGGCCGAACGGCCCAACUUCGCGCAGCUCAUCGCCAUGGUGACCGAAGCCAAACCCGUGGAGGCGCAGGCCGCCAGGGAGUUUGCGGAACCCAGGAAGCUGGCGCUGGCGCCCGGGGACCUCGUGACCGUCAUCGAACACGGGCUGGAGCUCAGCGAGUGGCGAGGACAGAACCAGAGGACGCUCAGCGUGGGCUGGUUCCCUCCCGGCGUCAUCACACCGCCGGCCGCCGUCGCCAACCCCGUCCCCGAUUUUAUCUCGCCCCCGGUGAAGGGCAGCCUGCACCACGCCGCUCACGGGGACGUCCAUCCGGAUCGCUGCUGGGGAUCGCCAGAGAACCUGGACGAAAGCGCCGGCGGGUGGCGGCAAGCCCCGAGGGAGGAGGAGCCGUCCAAUCUGCGCAAAAUGUCAGGUAGCGCAAUCGCUCAAACAGAAGUCGGAACACCGUUCAGGUAUUUCUCGAAGCCUGGAGUCGGUGUUGAGCGGACGUCCGUCGCGGGCGCCCCCGUCGGCCCCCCAGGGCAGGCCCCCGGUGAUGGCGGCCCGCAGCGUGGUGCUCCAGCAGGACCCGCGGCGCUUCAGCGAGGCCAGCGUCCUGCCGCCCCCCCGCCCGCCGCCGCCCAACCUCAAGCGCGGCAACUGGAAGCCGCAGAGGCGGCCCACCGUGCACCCGGUCUCGAGCUGCCCCUGGCCUGCGUCUCCGCCGGCCCCCCGCCCAGCCAACCUAGCCAAAACGUCCCAGCUGGCGCGCUCCACCCCUCAGCUGGACGAGCAAGUCGACGGACGAGAGCGGCCUCGCGAAAGGGAGAAGCCGCCCCCCGCGUACUACGCCAGGGACGGCCUCGUCUCGCAGGUGAUGGACGCCGUGCACGGGGUGACCAUCGAAGAGGCUCGCGGCGCACUGCAGCGCAACGAAUGGAACCCGCUGCGAGCCGAGCAGCAGCUCAAGUUGGAGCAGCUCUACUCGCUGAGUCUGUGCUCCAGAGAGGACUGCCUGAGGAUCCUGACCAGGUACCAGUGGAACCUGCAGCUGGCCAGCCGCUACCUGAUCCGCUGGUCGCGCGACGACCGCUCCGCUUCCGGCGAGAGGGACCGAGGCGACAGACGCAUGUAGAAUGCCCUUACUUUGAACAAGAAAAUUUAAAAAAAAAAAAAAAAAAUGUUUCUGACACUUUAUAGAUCACUACUUAUAUUUCCUUUGUAUAUUCUGUUUAAUAAAGUUGCAUUGUCUUCACUUUUGACAAAUUCUUGUAUAAUUACGAUGUCAUAAAUCUGGGACUACAUCCAC